AGUACAGACAUUUGCAUGAGACAGCUUAUGUAUCUGUACAGUGUGCUAACAUAAACAAGCACAGGCUACUGCUUUUGCGGAAAUAUAACACCUUGAUCUUUGGUAAAGAUAUCAGUUUGUCAUAUCGUUCUCGCUUCUCACUCGGAUGUGUGACAUAUCUGUUAACCCCACCCCGGCAAUCAUGUAAAAUUAUGCUGACAAGAAUGUCUUAGCAGAUGAGCUGAAUAUUCGCGUUCCAAGCGCAAAAGGGGUUUAAAUAUUGCCUGGUAGCCCGUAUAGCUUACUUACAUCUGUAACACAGUAAUAAGCUCGAAGCAGUGGACACAGAAUGUUUUACAAUCAUUAAUCGUCUUGAAACGUCAGUGCUUACAAUUUUAACAAUUAUUGAAUUUUUUGUUAUAAAGUUUCCUCUUCUCCAUUUGCAUGAGUUUAAUUAUUAGUAUGCAAGCGCUACGGUAUGCACGCUUCGAGAAAUUUACAGAUGCUUGACCUUUGUUGAUUUAAACUUCCUUACCCACAUUCGACGUGCUCUUGAUUACGCAAGACGAAAAAAGAUGGCCUUUGUGUGUGAUAAUACUCCUGAAAUGGAUUCGGAUGAUUCUGAGAGCAACCCUGGCGGUAGCAAGCCCUCUAAAAGAAGCUUGCGCACACCGAAAUGCGCUCGAUGCCGAAAUCACGGCGUCGUGUCUUGUUUGAAAGGUCACAAACGUUUUUGUCGCUGGAGAGACUGCCAGUGUGCAAGUUGUUUGCUUGUCGUGGAACGGCAACGCGUGAUGGCUGCUCAGGUUGCUCUUCGAAGACAACAAGGAUCCGGUUCAAGUCCCGGGGAAAAGCUUUCCGAUGAAGCACGCCUUGUGCGCAUUAAGACGGCCGAAGAAGUGCUCCAGCAGCGACGCACACUGCAUCGCGUGCUGAAACAACAUGCUCAGUCCAUGCAGAUUCCGAGAUCAAAUGUUGCAAACUUUCGCUUUCGAAACAGGAUACAAUCCUUGCCUCCGCCAUACUAUUUCAGCAUCAACCAAUAUCUUAGCGAGCGACUGCGUAAGCGUCGCUGUUCCAUCGACAAGGGAGUGGAUGGCGGAAACCCUUCAACCGAAAACCUGUUGCUACAGGCACAAGCGGCAUCUCCUUCAGCUAGCGCUAUUAUUAAUGGACAAUAUUGUAGUUUCUUCGGAUUUUCUUCUCCUUUGAUUUUUCGUCCACCAAUCCAAAUCCCAACAUACCAUGUUGGAACUUCACCGAAAUUUCCUGAUCCAGAUCCAGAAAAAUUGGAAGACCCUAUUGAAAAACAUACGGUGUUCAACGGAAAUAAUGUCCCGAAAACGAAAUAUUUCUCCGAAUUGCCCGUCGGCAUCCAUAACGGCAUUUCUCCCCACGUUAAUUAUGUUUCACAAAUGGAAAUGGAAAUAAAGUUUCAUCAACAAUUACGCGUGGACGAGCUAACACGUACUGACGGCACUAAUUACAAAACAAUCGGCAAAUCUGCAUUUUCACCGGUGGGCUCCGCGAAACUGACAGGAGAGGCGGUUAAUGCAGGCGAUAAAAUCGCCAAGAAAUGCGGAUUUUCCAUCGAUGCUUUGCUCUCAUGAGCUGCACGCAAAAAUAAUACGAUAAGCAUUGUUUGAUGAUUGAUUUUAUUGAAUUGUAAUUUGUAUCCGUAAUUUCCUUCCAUCUGAUGCACUGUUCAACCGUCAGUUUUAGCGUGUACAGAAAUAAAAUUAAUUUUAUGACAGUAUGUAUGAACCAGAACUGUAACCAGAUCUGUGAAUAAAGUCAAUA